CGGCAAGACGUUGCCUUCCUCGAAGUUGCAAGUUGACUUUUCUGAUCAAACGUACAUUGGCUUCACACUCGCAACUGCGAUGCGGAUGCACUGCGACUAAGAAACCUAGGCAAGGACUUGAUCUUAUGCGCGGCCCUGUCUUCUUCUCCUGGGCCCCUUUUUGGUGUCUCAAUCCUCAACUGAACAACGGGGCGGAUACGGCCCUCACAAUUUUGUCAACCGCCUGUUGUGGUCUAUUGGUUCAGCCUCAAAUCAUGCCAGAGCCGCUCCGGUGUCAUUGCACCAAGCACAAUGAAACCAGUACCAGGAGCCACGGCAGAGGUUCAAGUAUCCGGAGAUCCUCUAUCUCGUCCUACAGUUUGUUCUCAAGAUUUUUGCGUCCAUGCUGCAUUGCUGGGUAAUUGGCCAAGGUUGGUGUUUGCUGAUCGGCACAAGAUUCAAUGAGGUACAGGAACUGCAGUGUUAUCUGCGCCAUUGUCGUCAGCCUGCAUCUCGCGUACUCAGUUUGUAGCUGCUGUUCCCUCGGCGCC